UGGAGUUAAUUUUGUCGAGUUGGAAGACAUUAAAUUUAUCGAUGAUUUAGUAAUUGAGAGAGUUAAAGAGAGUAGUUUCAGUGAUAUAUUACAAGGUUCUUACUUUGCUUUCAUUGCUCCUCAUGAUUUCUUAUCAGCAACUA